CGCAGAAGAAGACGACCCAAUUCUCCCACUCCACUUUUAUUCCAACUGUCAAUGAGAUUCCUUUUAAGGCUUCAACUUUUCCUCGCUCAUUCGCCACGAUCACCAUCCACAGAUCCACUCUUCUAAGUUUUCUUUUUCCCACGAACCACCUUUUUACUCCCAUGUCGAUCUCUGGCAGGUGGCAGGUGCGCGCUAGCUAUAUAAACCUUUGGAGUCUCCCAACGUAGCUGAAGAGAAGAAACCGGAAAAAGAGACCCCGGCCGGUAAGAUGACCGAAGGUGGGUCUAAAGGCGGGGGAAUGGUUUCUCGUUACGCACCCAGCGACGCCCGUCGCUUUGCCUGCACGUUCAUAGUCGUAUUUUUAAUUUUAGCCGGUGUAACCGCUCUUAUAGUAUGGCUUGUAUAUCGUCCUCACAAGCCUCAUUUCACGGUCGUAGGCGCCGCAAUAUACGAUCUUAACAUGACGUCCUCGACGAUCAUGUCCACCACCAUGCAGUUCACGAUCGUGACUCGGAAUCCAAACAAGCGAGUUUCCAUAUACUAUGACCGGCUCUCGGCGUACGUGUCGUACCGGAACCAGGCAAUAACACCGCCGGCCAUGUUGCCACCGCUGUUCCAAGAGACGCGCAGCACGGUGGCCUUGUCGCCGAUGAUGGGAGGUCCAGUGGUGCCGGUAUCAAUGGAGGUUGCGAAUGGGUUGGUGAUGGACGAGGCGUACGGGGUGGUUCCCUUAAGGCUGGUGGUGUUGGGGAGGUUGAGAUGGAAAGCUGGAGCAUUUAAGAGUGGUCACUAUGGGAUAUACGUUAAAUGUGACAUGUUGGUGGGCUUGAAGAAGGGUUUUGUAGGCCAGGCGCCUUUGCUUGGAUCCCCAGAUUGUAAUGUUGAUAUAUAACUAACUAGACACUUCUUCUUCUUCAUCUUUCCUUUUCUUCUUUUUUUUUUAAUUGGUUAAUUAGCUUUUUCUUUUUUCUUUUAUUUUCUUUCUGUUUGUCUGUUUUUUACUUUGCAUGUACAAUGGUGUCUCAUCACUUGCCACACCGACGGCGACGGCGACGGUGGUCUUCUUCUUAGAGAGUAGGAGAUGAGUUAUUGUGUGGUUGAGCUAUCCUCAUUCCUCGAGUAAGGAGGAUAUAAUGAAUAAAGGAAAUAAUCUAUUUACUUGUUA